AUGGGCAUAGUGAAAAAGCCGGAAACUAGGCAGUAUUGGAGUGCGGACAUGCUGUACCACACCCCACUGUACAGCAACACUAUGCUCCGCAAAAGAUUUGAGGCAAUCCUUAAAUUCCUCCACUAUAAUGACAAUGCCCAAUGCCCACCCCCAAAUGACCCCUCUUUUGAUCGCCUCUAUAAACUUCGGCCAAUACUAGACCAUUUUGCUGCCAAGUUUUCAGAGGCAUACAUCCCAGAAAAGAAUAUUUGUGUGGAUGAAUCCCUAGUCCACUUCAAAGGCCGGCUGAAAUUCCGUCAGUACCUGCCCAAUAAAAGGGCGAGGUACGGAAUUAAAUUAUAUAAGCUUUGCGAAAGCAUCUCGGGUUACACUCUUAAAUUUAGAGUUUACGAAGGAAAAGACAGCGUUACUGAGCCCCCCGAAUGCCCCCCCUCUCUUGCAGUAAGUGGUAAAAUUGUCUGGGACAUGGUGUACCCACUUUUGGACAAAGGGUAUCACCUUUACAUGGACAAUUUUUACUCUAGCCUGCCUCUCUUUCAGUGCCUUGCUGCCAGGGCUACUGUCGCCUGUGGCACUAUUCAAAAGAACCAGCGAGGCUUCCCCAAGACACAUAUUGCACAACCACUGCCAAGAGGCGAGAGCAGGGCACUUUGCAGCAAUAACAUCUUGCUGCUAAAAUACAAAGACAAGAGAGAUGUCCUUAUCUUGACAUCUAUCCAUGGCAGUGGCUCCACCACUGUCCCAGUACGAGGCACAAGUUCCACCAUCUCCAAGCCAGAUUGCAUUCUGGAUUAUAACAAAAACAUGGGAGGAGUGGACUUAUCCGACCAAGUCCUAAAACCGUACAGUGCCAUGAGAAAAACGAAGGUCUGGUAUAAAAAGCUUGUGGUGCACAUUGUGCAGAUGGCACUGUACAACGCAUACGUGCUCUCAUGUAAUGCAGGUGGGACAGGGACAUUUCUUGAGUUUCAAGAAACUGUUAUUAAGGCCCUCAUUUCUGGAGACCGAGAGGAGGAGAGCCCCAGUACUUCAUCAGCAGCGUACAACCGUAUUGUACCUGGCCAACAUUGUCCCAAUGUUAUCCCCCCUACCGGAAAAAAGGGAAGGAGACAGAAGAGAUAUAGAGUCUGCUACCAAAAAGGCAUCAGAAAGGAAACCACUUACUACUGUGAAACUUGCCCCGAUAACCCUGGCCUGUGCAUCAAAGAUUGUUUCAAAGAGUUUCACAAAUCCCAAAAUUACUAA